AAUCUCUUUAUUUUACGAAUACGAAGCUUCUCCAUUAAAAUAAGCAACUGCAUGGAUAUAAUGUUAUUCCAAUCCACGAUCGUUUAAGAGUUUUAUUACGUUAAAACCAUUCAAACGUAUUUGUCUCAUGAAUAUUAAACAGAUUACGUCGACGACGUCGAUUUGUAUUGGUUCGCACGGCCGAGGUUCAGCUCAUGAAUAUUAAUAGAAAAGCCUUCGCCAUAGUAGGAACAGAAAAUUCGCUUCCCGGUCGCUCACGGAGCGCCGCCGCCGCCGCGAUUGCAGCGAAACGGGGGAAGAACGAGACGAGUUGACUACAAACACUCUUUAUAACAUCAAAGUCACACCAUUUUCCCGUUCUUUCCCGCGCGUUUGAGUCAUGUGAGGGAGCCUGUAAUGUCCACAGAGCAGGAUAAAGAUUCAUUCUCUCUAAAACGAAACCGAGGGGGUGAAGGUGGACUGGAUAUUUUAGGCAGUCCUGGGCUGUUGUUGGGAAGUCCAGAGAAAAAGAGACGCAAGUCAAGCGCACAGGUGCCACCCUUCUCUCCUCUGUCCGAAUAUGCGCCGCCUCCAAACCCGAGCGCGGAUCACCUAAUAGCCUCCAACCCUUUCGACGACGGCUACAGCUCCCCGUCCCUGAAGCCGCUCCCUCCGGCCGGCCCUUAUUACGUCCACUCGCACUACCCAGGGCACAGCGGCUAUGCCCCGCCCAGGACGCCCGGGGCCCCUUUCCUGCCUCGAAACCAGCCCCAUCCGUUCUCCCAGCAUCCCGCGGGCCACAACCGGUUCAUCUACGGCGACAACCCCAAUCGCGGGCAGCCGUUUAGCAGCAGCGUCGCGCGCUUCAGAGCAGGCCCGGGAGAGCACGUCGGUCGCAACGACCUGAGCCCCGAGGGGACUCCGGGGAGCCCGGGCCGGCCCCGGCAGCGGAGCGGCGUCAAGCAGGACCCGGGCGGAGCCGCGAGCAAGAACUGCGAAGAACACAAGGCCCGGGACGGCGAGGCGAAGAGCGGGGCGGAAAAACUCAACGGCGUCCUUCACGCCGACGGCGAAGCCUCGAAGAAGUCUCCUCGCCCCGCGGACGCCCGCCGCGCCAAUAACGCCGCGAGCCGAAGGAGCGCGUCCUCUUCGUCCGAGCCGGUCUAUCCGUGCGGCGUGUGCCUGAGCGAGGUGAACGAUGACCAAGAGGCCAUUCUCUGCGAGGCCUCGUGUCAGAAGUGGUUUCACAGAGUCUGCACGGGAAUGACCGAGACGGCCUACAACCUCCUGACGGCCGAGACGUCUGCGGUUUGGGGGUGCGACUCCUGCAUGGAGGACAGAGGAGCGCCGCUGCUGAAGACGAGAGACGCUUCGGACGAUCACGAGCGGGACUGACGCUCGCCGGAGUCCGGGGUCGCUCUGCUUGAACGCGAACGAGUCCCAAAGGUCUGCCGGCUGCUUCAGCGGUUCUGCUCGCCCAGAAUGCGUUUCUGUUGUUAAAAAGUUGUUUUUAAGUUAAAUCACAAAAGGAGAAAGCGGUAGGGGUUUGAAAGGCGAAGCGAGGGUGAGUUAUUGGUCUAAAAAUCAGUUUGGGGUUGGUAAGAUUCUUAAAUCAUUUUGAAAGGCGUUUCUUCUGCUCAUCAAGGUUGCAAUUUUUUUGAAUAACGAAAUGCAAUAAAAUAUUAUAAUUUAAUAUAGCAGUUUUUUCACGUAUGUCGCGAAAUGUAAUAUAUUUCUGUGAUGCAAAGCUGAAUUUUCAUCGGCAUGAUCAUUUUAAUAUGGAGAAUUGCUGCUCAAAAAAACGUUUCUGAUUACCAUCCAUGUUUAUUAACUAAUAUUAUCCACUGCUUUGUAUUUCUGUAGAAACUGAUCAUUUUCUGGAUUAUUUGAUGAAUAGAAAGUUCAAAAGAAUACACGCGUACAUAUUUAAGAGGUAUAGAUAUAUAUUAAAAAUAUAAAAAUAUAUAUUAUGUAUAUAUAUAUAUAUAUA